AUGAAGGCAUUCACAAGCCUCUCGGCGGCCUCGCUCCUCACCACGGCAGCUGUUGCUGUUACGUUGCCUCCCAACACACCCAUCUACAUCGGCGAGCUCACGACGCCAUCGUCCACAAACCAGAUCGCAUGGCUGCCGAGUCCUAAGUUCUGCACGAAGGCCACGACCGUCCUGGGCUCGGGACCGUUUUCGCUCAAGCAUGGCGGGGCCGAGGAUAUCGCCAACCUCCAAUUCACCGGCUACAGCGCGUCCGCCGCGUCGCUGACGAAAGACGGCAAGAUCUACGCCGACUGCGUGGUCGGGCCCGAUAGCGUCGAGCUGGGCGACCGGUGUCCGAAGCUCGUCAAGGAGGAAGGGCAUGUGCGGAGGACGUGGACGUGCUGGGUGAAGGAGGAGGAGACGACGAAGGCGGUGGAGGAGGAGGAUGUCGUGAAACCAAUGAAGAAUAUAGCGAAGCCGCCACCAAAAUACGCCGAGGAGGGAGGCACUUAUCAGAAGUGGACUUGCGACGAGAAGGGGUGCAAGCCAGAUGAUCAAGUAGAUUGA